AUGGCGCCUUCCUCUGACAGGAUGGGACGAGUGCUAGUGGUGCCGCUGGUGCUGCUGGUGCUUUGUUUUAGCGUCGAGGGUGUGGAUCGUGGUAACUUCAAAACGUGCGAGCAGAGCGCCUUCUGCAAGCGUCAGAGGGAACUGAAGCCAAGUCAGUCUCCAUACAGGGCUCUGCUGGAUACCUUGGAGCUCAGCGACUCCAGGAUCACACUGCAGCUCAUUAAUGAUAACAACAAGGUGCGUCUGCUGUUAGAGCUGUACAGGCUGCAGGGCAACAUGACACGGGUUAAAAUCAACGAGCUGAAACCUCUCAGACCUCGUUACGAGGUCCGGGACGUCCUCAUCGCUGAUCCUCCUACCAAACCUAUGACAGUUGUGUCUCAGGACGAAAACGGCGUGGUGCUUUCUCUGGGCGAAAAUGAACAGCGGCUGAUCGUCAGCGCCCAACCCUUCCGCCUCGACAUUGUGGAAGGACCCGAGGUCCUGCUGUCCCUUAAUUCCCGCGGCCUGCUGGCCUUCGAGCACCUGCGUCUACGCAAAGACACCAUCUCUCAAAAAAUAACAAGCACUUUCGGUAGCAUGUGGGACUCAAUCAAGAGCGUGUUCUCUAGUAAAGGAGACAUAGAGGGAGCUGGAGGAUCAGACAAUGCUAAGAAUGAAGGUGAUAAGGUUGAAGAGGGAGAAGAAGAAGAGAAGCCUGGCAUGUGGGAGGAGACAUUUAAAACCCAUAGUGACUCAAAACCCAAUGGUCCGACAUCUAUUAGUCUAGACUUCUCUUUUCCAGGAGUGAAACAUGUUUACGGCAUUCCGGAGCACGCAGAAACUCUCAGAUUGAAGAACACACAUGGGACUGACCCGUAUCGGCUUUACAACCUGGACGUGUUCCAGUACGAGCUGCACAACCCCAUGGCCCUGUACGGCUCUGUACCCGUGAUCAUAUCCCACAAUGCUCAGCGCACCAUGGGUGUCUUCUGGUUAAAUGCAGCCGAGACUUGGGUGGACAUCACCUCCAGUACUUUGACAACGUUUGGUAAGAUGCUGGAGUUCGUCCAGGGUUCUAGCGAAGUUCCACAGACGGAUGUUCGCUGGAUCUCUGAGAGCGGCAUCAUCGACGUCUUCAUUAUGCUCGGACCAACACCCAGCGACGUUUUUACACAAUACGCCUCACUAACAGGCACACAGGCCUUUCCUCCUCUUUCCACACUUGGAUACCAUCAGUCUCGCUGGAACUACAACGAUCAGGAAGAUGUAAAGGCUGUCGAUCAGGGUUUUGAUGAGCAUGACAUCCCCUACGACUUCAUCUGGUUGGACAUUGAGCACACGGAUGGCAAGCGCUACUUCACCUGGGACCCUCAGAAGUUCCCGCAGCCCAAAGAAAUGCUUCAGAAACUCAUGGAAAAAAGACGCAAGAUGGUAACCAUUGUAGAUCCUCACAUUAAAGUGGACAGUGGUUACAAAAUUCACAGUGAAAUCGGUUCCAAGAACUUUUAUGCCAAAAACAAAGACGGAGCAGACUAUGAAGGCUGGUGUUGGCCAGGAAGUGCUGGAUAUCCUGACUUCACCAACCCAGAGAUGAGGGCCUGGUGGGCUAGCCAGUUUGCGUAUGACCAGUAUAAGGGUUCCAUGGAGAACUUGUAUACGUGGAACGAUAUGAACGAGCCAUCUGUGUUUAACGGGCCAGAGGUGACUAUGCACAAAGAUGCACUGUUUGGCAGCUGGGAGAACAGAGAUGUGCACAAUCUUUAUGGGUUGUAUGUGCACAUGGCGACUGCUGAAGGCUUGAUCCAGCGCUCUGGUGGCACAGAAAGACCGUUUGUACUUUCCAGAGCCUUUUUCGCAGGAUCCCAGCGCUAUGGUGCGAUAUGGACAGGAGACAAUGCAGCUGAAUGGGGCCAUCUGAAAAUAUCCAUCCCCAUGUGUUUAAGUCUUGGACUGGUUGGCAUUUCCUUCUGUGGAGCUGAUGUUGGUGGUUUCUUUAAGCAUCCGAGCGCUGAGUUGUUGGUGCGUUGGUACCAGGCUGGUGCAUACCAGCCCUUUUUCCGUAGUCAUGCCCACCUGGAUACCCCGCGUCGUGAACCUUGGCUGUUUGGGCCAGAAAACACAGCUCUGAUCAGAGAAGCGAUACGGCAGAGAUAUGCCCUACUGCCCUACUGGUACCAGCUCUUCUACAAUGCCUAUCGCACCGGACAGCCAGUCAUGAGGCCUUUGUGGGUGGAAUUUCCUGAGGAACCAGCCACAUUCGCCAUUGAUAAUGAGUAUUUAAUUGGUAAACAUCUGCUUGUCCAUCCUGUUACUGAUGAGGGUGCAAAGAGUAUCACAGCCCACCUGCCUGGAAAAGGAGAGGUUUGGUAUGAUGUUCACACAUUCCAAAAACACAAGGGGACUCAGAAUCUCCACAUUCCAGUCACCAUGAGCUCAAUUCCAGUAUUUCAACGUGGUGGCUCUAUCAUCAGCAGGAAGGACCGCAUCAGGAGAUCCUCCUCCUGUAUGGAGAACGACCCCUACACUCUCUACGUGGCACUGAGUGCUCAGGGCACCGCUGAAGGAGAGCUCUACAUUGAUGAUUUCCACACCUUCAACUUUGAAAAAGAAAAGCAGUUUAUCCACAGGCGACUGUACUUCUCUAAUAAUGUGCUUACAUCAAGUAAUCUGGCUCCAGAUUCAAAGUUCACCACAGCAGCAUGGAUAGAGAAGAUCAUAAUAAUUGGAGCCACUCGCCCAUCUUCUGUCUCCACGAAGGCUAAAGAUGGUGCCGCAUCUGCUGUGGAGUUUGAUUUUGAUUCUACAGCGUCAGUGGUAACAUUGCAUAAACCUGACCUCAAUGCAGGGACCGACUGGACUGUGACACUGCAGUAGCAUGCACACACACAUACAGUACACACACACACACCCACACACACAGUAUUCUAGAAUUUAAGAGACAAAAUUCUCCACACACAAUCAUCUUACCAGAGGAAGCAACAUUUGGGGGAGGGGGGAGAGAUUUAAUUCUUUCACACAUGCACUGGGAAAUAUUUGGGACACUUUUAAGAUGAGAAGGAAAACAAAAAUCGGACAAUAGAGAAAACUGAUGAAAAAUCUGUUUAAUCUUUUUUGAUUGGGUCACCAUAUAUGACCACUAAAUUAAAAACUUUCUCGUCACGUUUGAAUUAAGGAGACACAGAGAUUCUUUAGAUGAUGUUGGUAAUGAAAUUUAAAUUUCUUUCCAAUUAUUUUUUCCCCCUCACUGGAUGGAAUAUGAUUUAUGAUAGCAGGAAUGUGGAAACUUUUGCACUGACAAUAAGUAUUUACCAGUUUUCCACCCACAGAGCGAGGAAUGUUUUUCAGAUCUCUUUGCUAGACUUUUUAAAUCUACACUGUGAAUUGGCCUGAAAAGAGAAUAAAUAGUAAUAAUAAUUUAAACUACGCCAUACAGUAUUUUACUAUAUUUACCAUUAUGUACCUGAUUUACCUGACUGUAAUUUGUGAAAUAUGUCUUUCCUAAACAACCACCAUGAUAACCUGAAAUUAAACAAAUGCAAACACUUGUUUACACCGAUUAAUAAGUUUUAUAUACAACAUUUUUUAUAUUAAUUGGCUUCUGAUUUGUGUUUAAAUGCUCUCACUGUUUUAUUUGAACAUUCAUAACUAAAAAAAAAUGGCUGUUUAAACCACAAAGUAUCAAUGGAUGGGUUAAUAAUGUAUUUAAACUGUAUUAAUUAAAAGAAGUUGACUUUAGCCCUAAUCAAAGUCAAAAUUCAUUCCAAAGCCUUUAAUUAAAAAAAAAAAAAAAACUGUAUUAGAUUGUUGGGUUUUAAUACACCUUGCAAUACUGAUGAACGUUUAGGUAAUGUUCUUUUGCUUAGGAUAAUAUAGGCCACAUGUAAAAUGUUUUAUGUCAUAAAGAGAUGGAUGGAUGAAAUAAAGAUGAUGUUAGA